AUGCCUGGGAUCCUCGCAUCGAGCGGAACACCUGAAGCGGCGGUCGUGUUACUAUCCCUCCUCACAUGCUAUCUGUGCACUCGAUGGAGUCACAGAAAGUACAAGGCAUACCCGCCUGGUCCGACGCCUAUGCCAUUUCUUGGUAAUCUCCAUCAGCUGCCUGUCAAGGAUCAACACGAAACAUUCAGAGAGUGGGCACAUACGUAUGGGGAAGUUGUCUAUGCCCAGAUAUUCAGGAAGCCCAUGAUUCUUCUCAACUCGCUACGUGCAGUACAAGACCUCAUGGAGAAGAAGGGGGCGAUCUACUCUGACAGGGCCGGAUUAACACUAUGGGAAGACGUAUACGAUUUCAAACCUGUCACAGCAUUCAUGAAUGCCGAUGAGGACUGGCGGGAGCACAGGAAGUGGCUGCAAGCCGCCCUCGAGACAGAACGAGCCUUGACUGGAUUACAUACAACACUGAAAAGCAGCGUUGACAAGCUGAUCAUCAAACUGCUCGAUUCUCCGAAUGCGUUCUUCGCCCAUGUGCAGAGAUAUACAAGCGACCUCACACUUGAUUUAGCUUACGGUAUGGACGAGCUAACGGCAGAUGAGGCCUACAGCAGGACGGCUGAAGAUGCGGUUCAUGCCAUCGCCCACUCUGAUUCCAUAGUCGCGUCACUUGUAGACUCCUUCCCGAUCUGUACGUACAUCCGACACACUAUUGGGGCUGGGCUCACAAUAUUCCGUGCACGCAGUGAAGUAUAUCCUUGCAUGGAUGCCCGGGGCAGCAUACAACCGAGAUGCGGCAAAGGCAAGACACGUGAUACGUCAGAUGCUGGAUGUACCGUGUUAAAGACGGCUCGCGCAAAGUCUGCAAGGUACUACAAGCAUGGCCAAAUACGGUGGCAUGCGCUCGCCACAAUCUCAAGUUCCAACAUACUGUUUGAUCUGCUGCUCAAGAAUAUUACAUCUGGAGUGUACAAGCCUUCGUUCGCUUCAGCGUUGAUUGAAGCAAAAUCUGAUAAUGGACAACUUCUGCCACGAGUCGCGUAUAACAUCAAGGGCGCUGCUGCCACUUUAUACGUCGCCGGUGCCGAGACAGUAGGCAUAACAUGUAUGAGUCUAAGGAAUGUUGAUAGUUCUGACUAUGGCGCUGCGCAGAGUGCAGUCGUACUCUUGACCUUCGUUUUGGCUAUGACGCUCUACCCUGAAAUAUUGCAGAAAGUACAGCAGGAAAUCGAUGCUGUCGUCGGUAUCGAGAGACUUCCCGAGUUCCGUGACAGGAAGAAGUUGCGCUACCUUGAAUGCGUGCUGUUAGAAGUGUAUCGCUGGGGCCCUCCCACACACUUAGGUGUUCCUCACUCUCUAACACAAGACGACAAUUAUAAAGGCUACUUCCUUCCGAAGGGGUCGACUGUGAUUUCUAACAUUUGGGCUAUCUCACGCGAUCCGUCUAUAUACCCUGAUCCGGAUGCGUUCCGACCUGAGAGAUUUGAGGAAAUGGACGCCGAGAAAGUCAAGGCAUCGCAUCCAAAAAUGUAUGUAUUUGGUGAAUAUGUUCCUGUUCGUAGCAUCUGUCCCGGCCGUCACCUAGCGGAGAUGAGCUUUUGGCUGGCGGCAGCGACCAUCCUAGCCACGCUGGACAUCCACAAGGCCCGUGAUGGAAAGAACAUAGAGCCUACAGUAUCUUUUAUAACUGGCAUGACCAGAUGUCCGCAAGAGUUUGUUUGCAGCAUUCGCCCGCGAAACCAGACCGUUGUCGAGCUCAUAGAGCAGCCAAUCACAGUAAGACGCAACGGUCUGGUGCCCUUCAAAGCCGGUGGAUAUAGAAGGAGCAGUGUCGACAAGCUCAUCGCUGGACUGGCGACUUCUCCGGAUUCUGAGUCUCAUCAAGAGAUUAAUCGUUUGUGUUCCACGGAAGACAAGUUCACUUCUCUAGCGGAAGCAGCAAUGGAGGCUAUUUACAGUCAGGAAGCUUCGUUGCAUCUUCCCUCGACUUUUUCCCUUUCCCUCGAUACAUUCCAGGCUGUAUUCCUGGGAUUAGUUUCAAACGCCUUGCCUCCCGUAUCAGACGUGCGACCCGCCAAAUGA